GGUGUGGCUAAGGUAGCUGCUUCAACAAAACGAACACGGAAGUUUGCGGGAGUGAUGUCUCCUAAUUUUGUUGCGAGCUCUCUGCCUGCUGUCGCCUCACGCGAGGAGCAGUGACGCGCGCGGCGGUGUGGUGGAAGAUGGCGUUAGCCGAAUGGAAAUCCUAAUGACAGUCUCCAAAUUUGCCUCUUUUUGUACCAUGGGCGCCAAUGCCUCUGCUCUGGAGAAAGAGAUUGGAUCUGAACAGUUUCCGGUCAAUGAGCACUACUUUGGGUUGGUUAAUUUUGGGAACACCUGCUACUGUAACUCAGUGCUGCAGGCUCUAUACUUCUGUAGACCGUUCCGGGAGAAGAUCCUGGCAUAUCGCAGUCAGCCGCGGCGGAAGGAGAACCUGCUCACCUGCCUGGCUGACCUAUUCCAUAGCAUUGCCAACCAGAAGAGGAAGGUGGGCGUCAUACCUCCCAAAAAGUUCAUCACCCGGCUACGCAAGGAGAAUGAGCUGUUUGACAACUACAUGCAGCAGGAUGCCCAUGAGUUCCUGAACUACCUGCUGAACACAAUCGCAGAUCUGCUGCAGGAAGAGAGGAAGCAGGAGAAGACCAACGGUCGCCUGGCAAAUGGCACACUGGACUCGCAGAACAACAACAGCAAUGCUACGCCCGCCCCCACCUGGGUACAUGAGAUCUUCCAAGGCACUCUGACCAACGAGACACGCUGCCUCACCUGCGAGACGAUAAGCAGCAAAGAUGAGGACUUUCUGGACCUUUCUGUGGACGUAGAACAGAAUACCUCUAUCACACACUGCCUCAGAGGUUUCAGUAACACAGAGACACUGUGCAGUGAGUACAAAUACUACUGUGAAGAAUGUAGAAGCAAACAGGAGGCACACGAAGAGGAGCGUGUAAAAAAGUUGCCGAUGAUUCUGGCACUGCACCUUAAGCGCGUUAAGUACAUGGAGCAGCUGCAGCGUUACACCAAGCUGUCCUAUCGCGUCGUCUUCCCCCUGGAGCUCCGACUCUUCAACACCUCCGGUGCCACCAAUCCUGAGAGGCUGUACGACCUGGUCGCUGUGGUGGUUCACUGUGGGAGUGGUCCAAACCGGGGUCACUACAUUGCCAUUGUGAAAAGUCAUGACUUCUGGUUGCUGUUUGAUGAUGAUAUUGUGGAGAAAAUUGAUGCACAGGCCAUAGAAGAAUUCUACGGUCUAACUUCUGAAAUCUCCAAGAACUCCGAGUCGGGCUACAUCCUGUUUUACCAGUCCAGAGACUGAACAUGAGGCCGAGCCGGACAAAAGUUGCAUGCCCUCUGUGCGAGGAGCAGCCGACCAUAAACACAACCACAGCAGCCUGCAUGGUAUCAUAACUGCCUGCACAGCUGUAAUUCAUACCUGUGCUUUUUCUACGCACUCAGUGCUGCGGAGCCGUUGUGGAUGUUCUCUCUUAAGUACCAGCUGUUCCUGCUGGCCGUGUCCUCGUUUCCCACUACACCCUUCACUCUGACGGACGACGACGUUGCUGUUGGUGUUGUUGUUGCAGGGAUGAUGAGGCGGUAUGACACUGAAUGAAAACUGUCGAGACUUCAUUUUGUUUUUGUUUUUCCUCCUAAAAGAUGCUGAAUGAGAUGAGGGUUGUACAGAUGGUUUGUGAUGCGAGUGGCAUAUGCUUUUUUUUUUUCCCUUUGGGUGUGGGUUCAGUGGGUAUUUAAUAAUUCAUAUGAUGUAAUAUUGGCCUGGUGUCCUCGCCCCCCUCCACACACUGUAAUUCCGCACUGGGGUUUACAUAAAGCAGAUCAUAUUUUUGAUCAAAGAUGCAACAGUGGGUGGGGAGGAGUGUGUGUUUGGCCUGCGGGCGUAUCGGGUUGUCUUUCUACAUUGUACAGAAUGGUAUUUGUAUAAAUAUUGAAAGAAAAUAAUGUUGGAAAAUGUUAGAGCUUGAGCAGAUGUAUUAACACUAUGGUGCACUUUUGAUACCGUUUUGUAGGUGUUGGCAAGUUUCAUGUGAGGGUUUGCUUAAAAAAAAAAAGCCUGUUGUGAAACGAUCAUUUUCUGUUUUAAAGAAAAAUAAAACGGUAAGACUGAA